AUGCUACGAGUGAGCGAGCGCCCUGUCCUAAGAUGGCCGCCAGGUGAUGCCGUUAGGGACUCCGCCUUGAGCCAUCUAGCCUUUAUACAUAUCUAUGGGAUUGCUCAUGACAGGGGCACAUCGCGUUUGUUGUUUAUAUCAUACGCAUGCGCGCACGUCUCACAAGAUUUUCCUUAUAUCAAUAACCUCGCGUGUGAUUGGAGGAGCCCGACAGGCUUCUCGCCUUCGUCCAAUCGCGUGCGAGGUCAUGGCCACGGCUCACACAGCGGUACAAGAGGACCAUUAAGCGAUGUUUGGUUUGGUGUUUGUAACUCUCCAAGAAGAGAAGACGGGUGCACAAUCCCAAGAUUGCGGAGGCUGUACGGCGUCUCUGAGGCACACUGCAGGCGCUUUGAACCAGAGCAAAGACUAACGUCGCCUCAUAACGAAGCCGUGACCUCCUAUUUGGUUGGGGCUAUUUUAGCAAGUCCACAUUUAACUGCUGAGAAUGACGACAUUGUUUCUGCCUGUAAGACGUAUUAUGAGUCGGUUCGCCGGAGCUUCAGAUACAAACAACCUGAACUCGCAUCGCGGGCGGAAAAUGCGAAAAGUUUAGCUCGGAGUCGAUCCAGAAGAAAAAGGUUGCUGGAAGCGAGACGAAGUGUGCUGGCUGAGGGUGAGAUGGACAUUUGAAAGUGCGCCACCAUAGAUCUCAUGUCUGAUGAAGACGGCAUUGUUGACGGGGUGUCUGGAUGGAUUGUACGGCCCUCUCGCAGCCUGGAACUCUCCGAGCUCUGUGCCACGCUGCAAUUCAGAUUAGAGGCGAUACCAAAGUACAGGGGAACUCACCAUAUAUGCCUGCAAAAGCGACUUUUUACAACGUUUUUGAGUUUUCUUUUUCUUUUUUCAACACUUGAGAACUUUGAAAAAGAUUUUUAGGGAUCUUUCCCGAAUGUCUUGGGCACUUUUUGACGUGUUUGGAGGACAACAUAAGAGACAUUAUGCUGCUUUGUACAUAGUUGUGUGUUUCUAAUUAAAGCUCUUUCUUUGAAUAAACAGCUGUGUGUUUAUAAAUAAA